CGGCGGCGGCGGCGAGGCGAGGCGAGACCAGGCGGAGGACCGUGAGCGGUGGGGCCGGUGGCGGGUAGAGGUGUGAGGGCGGCGAGGGACCUCAGGGGUAGUCGGGCCGGUGUGGCCGCCGCCGCCGCCAUGCAGGAAAUCAUCGCCAGCGUGGACCACAUCAAGUUCGACUUGGAGAUCGCAGUGGAGCAGCAGCUCGGGGCACAGCCGCUGCCCUUCCCCGGCAUGGACAAGUCAGGGGCUGCUGUCUGCGAAUUCUUUUUGAAAGCUGCCUGUGGCAAAGGGGGCAUGUGCCCAUUCCGCCAUAUCAGUGGCGAGAAGACGGUUGUGUGUAAACACUGGCUGCGGGGGCUGUGCAAGAAGGGGGACCAGUGCGAGUUCCUGCACGAGUACGACAUGACCAAGAUGCCUGAGUGCUACUUCUACUCCAAGUUCGGGGAGUGCAGCAACAAGGAGUGCCCCUUCCUGCACAUCGACCCUGAGUCCAAGAUCAAGGACUGCCCUUGGUACGACCGUGGCUUCUGCAAGCAUGGUCCCCUGUGCAGGCACCGGCACACACGGAGAGUCAUCUGUGUGAAUUACCUCGUGGGAUUCUGCCCAGAGGGGCCCUCGUGUAAAUUCAUGCACCCUCGAUUUGAACUGCCGAUGGGAACCACCGAGCAGCCCCCACUGCCACAGCAGACGCAGCCUCCGACAAAGCAAAGUAACAAUCCGCCAUUACAAAGGUCGUCCUCCUUGAUCCAGUUAACGAGUCAGAACUCUUCUCCCAAUCAGCAGAGAGCCCCGCAGGUCAUCGGGGUCAUGCAGAGUCAAAACAGCAGCGCAGGCAACCGGGGACCCCGGCCACUGGAGCAGGUCACCUGUUACAAGUGUGGCGAGAAAGGACACUACGCCAACAGAUGCACCAAAGGCCACUUGGCCUUUCUCAGUGGACAGUGACAGCAGCUGGAGCCAGCUCAGAGCAGCCCAAGGGUCCCCACUCACGGGGACCACCCUGGGCCAUCCUUGGGAGCGUGCACUUAACUGUUUAACGCCAGUGUUGGUGCAACUCUGGCUGGAGCAGGCAGGCAAGCAUGCCAGGGUUCAUCAUUCUGAGGGGCUACGUCUGACAGUUUCCCUAUUAUUUGCUGUAAACUUUUUUAAAAGGGGACAAGUGCUCCAGUUUGGUCAGGUCGGCAUCAUGUCUGUCUAGGCAUGGACACCUGUCCGCAAUUCCCUGCACACCGCCCUCUGGGGAGGGGAGGAAGCGGUGGGGAAGGGCUCCUGCCAAGCAGUCUGUAGGGAAGGCAGCCCUUCCCCUCGAGGCCUCAUUAAACACCAGUUCUUGGUGACCCCAGGGGCUGUUGGAUCAUUUAAAGCUGGUCAUGCCUGCUUCCUCCACAUCCUGCUGAAUUCAGAACCUGUGCCUGUCCGUGUGACUUGAAUGAGGCGGCCCCUUGGGGCAAACUUAAGUGCACUCCUUGUCUCUAUGACUGGGCCCUGCUCCGAGGUGGCAGUGGUUGAGAGGAAGGGCACAGGGCUCUCAAGUGUGAGGGACUUUUUGUUCUGGGCUCAUUUCCUUGGAGUGCCUCCUUAUCAGUGGCAUGGCUGAAGGUAUGCCUUAAGCUGGAGCUGCAGACCACCCAGUAAAUCGAUGACACAGUCUAUCUGUGCACCUACCUCCUGCCCCUGAACCUGGAAAUGUGAGACUGUCACCUGCAGCCUGCUGGGCAAGUGGGCCUGUUCAAGUUCAGUUACAAGAACAAUUUUUAUGAGAUCGAUUAAAGCUUGUUUUUUA